GCAGCGCAUGCCCGUGCGCACAGAUGCUGGAGUGAAGCGACAGGCGCGCUCAUCUCUGUGGGACUGAACACACCGAGAGAGAGACGUUUGUGUCGGUCAGGAGCGUCAGACCGUCCGGGACCAUGUUCGGAACGAGUCUCUCCGCGAGCAGCAGGACUUAAAAAGCGGCGGUCCAUCCAUCCGGACACUUUUACAUCUCGUCUCCGUCCUGCCCUGACACCUCCCUCCCCCUCUGACACACAGAUAACAUCCAGUCCUACUCCAGCUGACGCUCCUCUCUCAGUUGACCCAUUUAACCCAGUGUGACGGACAGUCGGUGCCUCGUCUGAACGCGAUGUGGAGGACCGGGAUCCUCCUGCUGCUCUGGGUCCGCUUGGCGUCCGGAGAGCUCCAGCACGAGACGGAGCCGCGGAGACUCCCUCCUCCGGGAAAGUUGGAUUUCGGUUAUGUGCCUGCGGGAGUUUACGAGACUCUGGCCCACUACGAACCGGGACCGAUAGGGAUCCUGUUCCACAUGGUGCACGCGUUUCUGUACGUCGUGCAGCCCAACGCGUUUCCACAAGAUCUCAUUGUCAGACUGACAAAGGACAAGUUUGGAGCCAUUCAGACGGAAUACCAGAAGCCAGAGAACAUAGUGCUGACCCUCCAGGCCAUCUACUACGAGAUAGGCUUCCUAGUAUGUGCAGCAGUGGGCCUGCUGUUCGCCAUUCUGAUGCCGAUAGCCGGCCUCUUCUUCUGCAUGUGCCGCUGCUGUGACAACUGUGGCGGCGAGAUGCACCAGCGCCAGAGGAAGAACGCGGACUGCCGGCGUGGCCUGCUGGGAACGCUGCUGUUCUCCACCUCACUGGUCAUCACGAUCGGAGUGCUGUGUGCGUAUGCUGCCAACCAGAACCUGAGCUCUCAGGUGAAGAACAUACGGAGACUGGUCAACAGCAACAUGAGGGACCUGCACACCUUCGCUAACGACACGCCGAUGCAAAUUGAUUACCUAAUAUCCCAAUACGCCACAGCCAAGAACAAAGUCAUCUAUGACCUAGAUAAUAUAGGUCCAUUACUGGGUGGAAGGAUACAUGAACAGCUGGAUAAGGAGGUCCGACCGGCCCUGGACAGAGUGCUCAACAUGGCUGGAGCCAUGCGAGAAACCAAGGAGGCCCUGGAGAACGUCAGUGUGGGUCUGGAGGUCCUCAAGGAAGGAACAGGGAAACUCAACUUCAACCUGAGCCUGGUUCGGACCAGUAUCAACCGCACCCUCAACGACCCGGGCUGUCACGACGAGGAGUCAGACGCCACCACUGCACAGCUGUGCCGAAACAUCCGCCAGUCACUGUCUCAGCUGCAGAUCAGCGCCAACUUCACACGGCUACCAAAAGUGAACCCUCAGCUGGAAAAUGUGAACGAGGUACUGAAAACGGACCUCAGUGCAAUCGUCCAAAGGGGCUUCUCCUCUCUGAACGACACACCACACAUGGUCAUAGAACAGACCAGAAGUGUUGUGGAGACUGUUCAGGGUUUGGUGGACGGUAUCGGCAAUAACAUCAGCAGCUUUUCCAAAGUGUUCCCUGUGCAGAGUUGCCUGUCCAACUUCACUAUCUUCAUUAGCCAUGCCCAUGCCAAGAUUGAGGACCACUACCCUGAAAUUGACCAAAUGGACUUCUACAGGUGGAUUGGCUGUAUUGCUCUUUGCUGCAUGGUGGUCCUGGUCCUGGCCUUCAACUACCUGGGCCUGCUGUGUGGCACCCUGGGAUACGACAAGCACGCCUCACCUACAACCCGAGGCUGCAUCUCCAAUACGGGAGGAACGAUGCUCAUGGCUGGCGUUGGAUUCAGCUUCAUCUUCUCCUGGGUGCUGAUGGGAUUGGUGACCAUCAUCUUUCUGGUUGGAGGAAACAUGGAGAAACUAAUCUGUGAACCCUUCCACAGCACAGAAAUAUUCAAGGUUGUGGACACCCCGUACCUGGUCAACCCGGAGUGGAAGAACUUCAUCCCUGGCUACAUGUACAACGACUCCGACCUGGAGCUGACAGCAGAGAGCUUGUACAGCACUUGCAAAGAGAACAAAGGCAUCUACUCGGCCAUGCGUCUGGACAAAGUCUUCAACAUCUCCUCCUACCUGAACACGACAGUGCUCACGAAGGACGUGGUGGGUCAGCUGGACAGUGUUAAGAUCGACCUGAGGGGAAUAAUCCUGUUAGAGGCAGAGGGGAAGCAGAACCUCCUGGACUUCUCUGAAGCAGGGUUGUCAGAAAUCAACUAUGCAGACUACCUGGAAGAGGUCAACAAAGGAGUCACUGUGAUGGAUCUGCUCUCAUUUGCCAGAGAGCUGGAGGCCCAGACAGACCUCAUGCCCAGAGGGGCUCUGCAGACCGCUCUGAAAGGCCACAUCGGCACUCUGCGGCAGAUCCACAGUCAACAGAUCAUCCCCAUGGAGCAGGCCAUGAAAUAUGUUAGAGCGAGGAGUGCGUUGAACCAGAGUAUGAGGUUCCUGGAGAGAACAGCCUCAGACUUGCCUAAUAAAGUUCUAGCAGUUCUUGAUGCCAUCGAAGCUGCCCAGCACCUCAUCUCCCAGAAUGCUACAGAUUUAAUCAACCGGGAAACAGGAAAAUUCACAGCGACCAUCACUGGAUACUUCCAUCAGUACAUAGAAUGGGUCAAAUCCUCUUUGGCCCUGGAGGUUGCACCUUGCAAGCCUUUCAGCAACAUGGUGGACACAGCAGAAAUCAUUACUUGCAGUUUCUUGGUGGACUCCAUGAACACAUUCUGGAUGGGCCUGGGCUGCAGCACUCUCUUCCUGCUUCCAAGCAUCAUCCUUGCAGUAAAACUCGCCAAGUACUACCGCAGGAUGGACACAGAGGAUGUUUACGAUGACAUUGAGACAAUUCCCAUGAAAACUAUGGAAAUUGGUAAUAAUGGUUAUCAUAGUGAGGGCCCACAAGGUAUCCCAAAUCCUAUGAUGACAAGCAUCCCUACAUACGACACAAUGAACAGGUUCCCGCGGGCCUCGGCUCCUCCGAGGCACAUCGACUGGUGACAGAGAGCCGGCUCUUGUUCUGGCUCCUGAAAGUGCCAUCGAAAACUGGAACUAGGAUUCACCACACUGUUUGUUUCACGAGCCCUCGGACCAGAAGAAGCUCGAUAUAAGCUGGUUUCCUUAAAACAGAAAAACACACAGAGUCCUUUGGAUGUUUUUAACUUCAACCUCCUCAACCAGGCAGAUCGUCGCCUGCAGUUCAGUCUUUUUCCUCCAACGUCGUCUGAACCCUCCAAGAAACUCUGCCUGCAGGACUUCAGACUUCUCCCUCAGCUUCAAUCUGAGCCACACUUUUCUGCAUCUUUCAAAGGACUGCUGCGUCUGCGUUUACAUUUGUUCAGACACAAAAUCAAGCUGAAAAUACACUCAGCAAGAGGACACAACAGUAACUGUGGUGCCUGUUUAUUUUAAUGUUUUCAAUGUGCUUCAGAGGACGGUGGCUGAAAGGUCAGUCGGAGGCCGUUUGUCCUGCACCUCCCUGAACCUUCAUGUGUGAGGACGGGAUGAUACCAACACAUACAGCUGCCUCGCUGGUGGAGCUUUGUGAUUAAUAUGAGGAAAUUUAGCAUGAUUUAAAAAAAGAAAAUGUUUACAAUAUUACAAAACAUCCACCGUUUGACUAGUUUGGGGAAGGUUGCAGAUGACUGGUUGCCUUUCAGAUGUAUGUGUCACCUGGUGUUGAGACAGAUGUGCUCAGGGAAAAUCCAGCCCAGGCACUUACACUGCUAAAGAAACAUCGACCUGAGAUUUUAAACGUGGGUUAACGCUUUCAUUUUUACUUUGACUUUUUUUGCAUACCCACUUUUCCAUAACCUGUAUCAGCUUCUUUUGUGUCAGGUCUUAAUUUUCUACAUUUCCCAGAAUGCCUUUAAACAACCUACAAAUUAAUAUAAAAAGUUAGUCAAACUUAUAAUCAGAACUUAAAUAGUGUCUAUUUUUUUACAUAUUGCGACUUUGUGGUUUAAAUUUUUUUCUGCCAAGUUACAUUUUAAAAUAAUGCAAUUUAUAGUUGUAGCUCCUCCACCAGAUGUUGUGUCAGUAAAGAGAAGGACUGAACCUGAAACUUUCUCACUUCUAAGAAUUUUUAGGAUGUACAAGAUUUUCAACCUCUUCUGGGCCAGACAACCACUUGCUGUGUGAAACCAGAGCUGGUGGUUGUUGGAACAGUAAACAAACUAAACAAAGACAGUUUAUGAGUUGUAUUUGGUUCAUAUCAAGUUUGAAUGUAGGAAAUUUACGAUGAUCUGUGAUGUAAAAUAGCUGGUUUUGUUAAUGGAGUCUGGUGGGAGGGAGGAGGGCUGUGUCCAGGUGGAAAAGGGACAUGGCUGACAUCUAGGGGCUGUUAAUGUAUAAAACCUUUAGGAGAAAUCAUAAAGAUUAUAGAAGACAUUCA